AUGCAACAUCUGAGGCUUGAUGGUACCAAUGAGUCUAUGCUUAUUAAUUUAGAAAAAGCAUUUGCAACUGCUGAAAAUGGCUACUUCAAUGCAGUUGGGCCCCCGGAAUUAAAGCAAGUUAAAGUAAAGUACGGAGAAGCGGAUAUUCUUGGAGCUGCAAAUCAGGGUUCGAUUGGAUUAACCAUGGAACUCGCAGAAGAGGAAGAAGUGAA